AUGUUUACUGGGACUCGUCCAUCAGCACCAGAAGUCAACAAGCGUUCGUGUGCGUUCUGCUUAGGAAACCACUACUCCACUGAAUGUACUAUUGCUCCUACUGUGGAAGAACGUUUCACAAUUGCCAAAGUAAAGCGGUUAUGUUUUAACUGUCUAAGCUCAAAUCACUCGUCAAGUGCAGACUGUCCAUCCAAGAAACGAUAUCGCACAUGCAAAAGAAGCCAUCAUACUAGUCUCCAUUAUGCCAGUCGAAACCAACAAGACCAUAAUACUCCGGUACAUUCCCAGACAAAUUCGAACAAUGUUUCCACUCAGGCUGCUGUCACCAAUGCGUCUGUAUCAAAAACAGUGUCAUUUGAACUUACAAAGGACAGUGCAACAACCUUCGUGUUUUUAGAAACUGCCAUAGUAACAGUGCACUUCAAAGGAAUUAAACGUCAAGCCAACGUACUAAUAGAUAAAGGUGCACAGAGAUCGUUUAUCACGACAAAGCUCGCAAGAAAUUUACAUCUUCAACCACUUUAUCGAGAAAGUCUACUGAUAGUGGGUUUCGCUGCGUCAACGCAAAGUGCUCAACUAUGCGAUGUGAGUCAGUUGUCAUUCAUUGACCGAAGAGAAUCCAUGAUGAACAAUCAAGUCGUGGUGGUGGACCACAUUGUGAACCCACUUGAAGAUUCUUAUCGUAGUGUAGUGUGUAAGCUUCCCCAUCUCAAAAACUUGCCACUAGCACACCCCAAUAUCGGCAGCUCGUCAUUUGACAUUGACAUUUUGUUAGGAGCGAAUUACUAUUGGGACAUUGUAGGUGACCAUAUCGUUCGUGGCCCAGGACCAACAGCUAUAAGCUCAAGAUUCGGGUACAUCAUCUCAGGAUGUAUGCAACCAACUUCAGAAUGGACUCAACAUGACACCGCAGCGUUUCAUGUAUCCGUGGAAGAGCAAUUCGAAAUGGCAAGAUUUUGGGACCUGGAAUCGCUAGGUAUUUCUCCAGAAUCGGAAAUAGAAGACGCAACUAUGGCUUACAGAACCAAUUGUAUCGAACUUCGAAAUGGAAGAUACAUCGCCAGACUUCCAUGGAAAAAUCAGCAUCCGCCUUUAGGGACAAACUGGCAUAUGUGCCGUCAGCAAACUCGUCAUAUGAUUCGACGCUUAGCUAAGAACACGUCCCAUUUUCAAGCAUAUAAUCGCGUCAUCCAAGAACAACUGAACAGUGGGUUCAUUUAA